AUGAUGAUGUCCCUGAGCAGCAAGCAGCCCUUCGGCCUCCCCCACGGCGGCGGCGGCGGCGGCGGCGGCCUCCACGAAACCAAGUACUCGGCCCUCCACACCGCCUCGCCCUGCCCCUCCGCCGGCGCCGCCGCCCCCGCCGCCAGCUCCCCCAGCAGCACCGGCACCGGCGGCUCCGCCGGCCGCGGCUCCGGCUCCGGCCCCGGCUCCGGCAGCGGCGGCUCCGGCUCGGGCUCCGGCUCCGGCUCGGGCUCCGGCCCCGGCGGCGGCGCGGAGGCGAUGCGGCGGGCCUGCCUGCCCGCCCCUCCGAGCAAUAUAUUCGGCGGUCUGGACGAGAGCCUGCUGGCCCGCGCCGAAGCCCUGGCAGCGGUGGACAUCGUCUCCCCGAGCAAGAGCCACCACCACCACCCGCCGCACCACAGCCCCUUCAAGCCGGACGCCACCUACCACACCAUGAACACCAUCCCCUGCACCUCGGCCGCCUCCUCCUCCUCCGUCCCCAUCUCCCACCCGUCCGCCCUGUCGGGCACCCACCACCACCACCACCACCACCACCACCACCACCACCAGCCCCACCAGGCGCUGGAGGGGGAACUCUUGGAGCACCUGACGCCGGGGCUGGCGCUGGGGGCCAUGGCGGCCCCCGACGGCGCCGUCGUCUCCACGCCGGGCCACGCUCCCCACAUGGCCGGCAUGAACCCCAUGCACCCGGCGGCGCUGGGCAUGGCCCAUGCCCACGGGCUGCCGGCCCACAUGGGCUGCAUGAGCGACGUGGACGCCGACCCCCGCGACUUGGAGGCCUUCGCCGAGCGCUUCAAGCAGCGCCGCAUCAAGCUGGGGGUGACCCAGGCCGACGUGGGCUCGGCGCUGGCCAACCUGAAGAUCCCGGGGGUGGGCUCCCUCAGCCAGAGCACCAUUUGCCGCUUCGAGUCGCUCACCCUCUCCCACAACAACAUGAUCGCCCUCAAGCCCAUCCUGCAGGCCUGGCUGGAGGAGGCCGAGAAGUCCCACCGCGAGAAGCUGGCCAAGCCCGAGCUCUUCAGCGGCGCGGAGAAGAAGCGCAAGCGGACCUCCAUCGCCGCCCCCGAGAAGCGCUCGCUGGAGGCCUACUUCGCGCUCCAGCCCCGGCCCUCCUCCGAGAAGAUCGCCGCCAUCGCCGAGAAGCUGGACCUCAAGAAGAACGUGGUGCGCGUCUGGUUCUGCAACCAGCGCCAGAAGCAGAAGCGCAUGAAGUACUCGGCCGGUAUCUGA